AUGCCGCCCAGGACGCAACAGCCUCCAUCCCGAACGCCACAGAGCUCCAAGGCGAGCUCCAAGGGCAACGCCAAGCCCACGACACCCCCAUGCCAUACGUGUCGCCGUCAGAGGCUGCGCUGCGACGGAGCCAAGCCCGCCUGCAGCAAAUGCAUCGCCAGGGGCGUCGAAUGUCUGGGCUACGGGCCCCAGGCGCUGCUCUGGGUCCAACCCAAGUCACUCAAGCCUGCGCAUGAAGCAGCCAACUUGAGGGGAAAUGAGAAUCAUAGUGGCGGUCAGGAGAUCCAAGGCCGCGAGAAGAGACGAGGCCGUCCUAGGCUCGUGUUGAUGUCCUCCAGCCCAGACGACGACGACGACACUCACCACCGGCACGCACUACUACAGCUUCGGCCCUUGCAGAACCAGAAGCCGCAGCAGCAGAAACGGCAGUCGCAGCAAUGGAUAGCCGUGAGCGGCCCCAACGGCGGGCGACGCCCUCAAGUGAGGAGCCCGCCGUGCUUCCCCGGACCUCACGCCGGGCUCGAGCCCGUCGACUACAAGAACCACAAGCUCACGCUCGACUGCCUCGCCUACUUCAACGACUUUGUCUGCCCGGACAUGGUGCUGCUCGACACGCCAGCCAACCCGCUCCGCGCGCCGCUCGAGUUCUGGCGCUACAUCCCCGACGUCGUCCUGGACAUACUCGUCUCCACGUCGCUCACGCACCAGCUCAUCCGGGCCAAGGCGCACGAGAUCGCCUCAUCCCCCGUCGCCGCAGCGCAAGGGAACGAUGCUGAUGCUCUUGUGCCGAUCAAGAGAAACCGCAUGAGUGGCCUACACGGCCCGUCCGUGCCCGUCAUAUACAAGUAUCAUCAGCGGACGCUGAGAGCGGUCAACCGCGAGCUCAGUAAGACGGAGUCGCGCUAUGGAGACUUGGCGCUCGGCAUCAUCAUAACGCUCAUGCGAGUCGAGAUACAACAAUCGGCGUUUGGCGCUUGGCCGGCGCACCUGGAGGCAGCCCGGGCCAUCAUCGCGCACCGGGGAGGCUUCAGCCGGCUGGCGACCAUGGGUGACGUCUACGUCGGGGAGGGGCUGGUCAACUUUAUGCUUGUCGACGUGAUGAACUCGAUCAUGACGCCCUCGUGGCUGAUGGACGAGCGCACGACCAGCCAGACCGAGUACAUACCUCACCUCCACACCAUCUACAAGGACGGCAAGGACUCCGACUUUCCCUGCCCAGCCACUCUCAUGGAGGCCAUCAUCCGCACCAACCACGUCCGGGCGCUGAGUCAAGACAAGAGGGGGCGGCAGCAGCAGCAGCAUCGCGAAGCCGAGCUCGACCACAUGGCCGGGCAAAUCUUGACGAGCAUCGCGUCCUUCAACGCAGCGGACUGGACCAGGGAACACGUCCGCGCGUUGCUCUCACCGAGCACGUCACUGGCCUCGUCGCCAUCCUCCUCCGACACCGCCCGGGAUAGCCCCGACGAGGAGCAGCAGCCCCACGGCGAGGACGGCGAGUCCCUAGCCGUAGUAGACACAGCAGCACUCGACGAUGCCGUCGCCGCCGUCGUCGACAUGUGCACGGAACUCACAAAGGCCAUCCAGUACGCCGCGCUACUCUACUGCAUCCGCACCCUGUACAUGGACCGCCGGCGGCCCUUCUCCUUCUCCCCCUCCUCCUCCUCCGACAUGGCCCUUGACGUCGAGUCCGCGCACAGGUCUGCCCUCGAAAUGCUCCUCGCCGCGCUGCACCGGCUCUGGGACGAUGACGGUGGCAAGCCCAAAACAACGGACUGGUGCGGGAAGCUAUCCUUCUGGCCGCUCUUCAUCGCCGGCAUGGAGAUGGACCCCGCCGGGCCCCCGGAAUCGCGGGCGGAGCGCGACUUUGUCUGCGGCGCGCUGCGGAGGCUGGUGUAUUACCUCGGAGACCUGAGCCCCCUGGACGCGGUGUCGGUGCUGCAACUCAUCUGGCGCAAGACGGCGGCGGCGGCGGCGGCGACGGCGACAGAGGUGGAAGGGGAGGAGCAGGAGCAGGAGGGGGGCGGCUGCUCGGGGCAGCAGCGGUUCUCGUGGGAUGAGAGGCUGGUCAUGCCUGGCAUUCGCGGCCUGUACUUUUUCUAG